AUGAACAUUAACUUCAAAUCCCAGCCCAACCCAUUAAUUGGCCAUGAUACUUCUUGCAUGACCAGAAAUGCAAAUUGUUUUCUAGUGAGACACACCCCCCAUCCCCGGAGAGUCUGUCACAUUAAAGGUUUAAACAACAUACCUAUCUGUGCUGUGAAUGACGAGAGCUUCUUUAAAGCACUGUACGAUGUUAGCCGCUUGACCGCCCCAGAUAAGGACACACCACCACUCAGCAAAAUCAUCUAUGCCAACAACACCAGCUCUUUCCGUAACCCAGGGUCAAAUAAAAUGAAAAUGCCCCCUCGGCCUAAUUCUGAGCCCUGUAAACAAACAAAAGACUUCUUUGGUGAUUGCUGUGAUGGUAUUUUAAAGAUUAAAAAGGAAGAGCUUCAGGGCAGAAGUCACAUUUCUCACCCAAAGGCAAACCAAGGUCCUACGGUCUCUGAACACACUAAUCCCAAGAGUGAAGUGAGAGGGAAGACAAUUUGCAUACCAAACUACCUGGAUCAGGAAAUCAAAAUUCUGUCCAAGCUGUGUGAAAUUCUACAAACAGACUCCCUGGCAGAACUCCUCACGUGGCUACUCCAUGCAAGUGUGAAAGAAAAAGAAUGGGUAUCAGCUUUGAUCCAUUCAGAGCUCUCUGAGAUCAACUUGUUUAAAAACCGGGAGCACAUUCCCCAAAAGAGACCUGGAAAAGAGAAAGAAAAAUCUUCUUCCACUGCCAAAGCCCUAGCCAAGGAAGAGGUGUCUAAAGUCAACAGAGUUCCAAGCCAAAAACUGGAAAAAAAUAAAGAACCAAGACAAGAGGCUGAGGGUAAGUCUGGAUUGAUUAAAGAAAGAAGCAAACUUGAAGAGGCCAUUGAAGAAUAUUUCAGCAAAACAAAGCCUCCUGCGAAGAAUCUGAAGAUUUGGGAGAGAAAUUACUGCCCUCACUUAGCAGCAAAAGCAACAGUGGCAAGAAAUCAACAAGGGAACAGCCAAUAUUCCCAAAGACCCACUAAUUACAAUCUUUUAAAGUUUUAA